UUUACAACUUCUAAUUUUAAAUAAAUAAAGAAACGAGUGUCCCAAAAAAAGAAAGAAAGAAAGAAAAAAAUUAAAGAAAUCAACGGUUCCAAAAAAAGAUAAAGAAAUGAAUGUGAAGAAAUGCUGCACAUAUUUGGAGGUGAUAGAUGGUGUUAUCACGUGAAAAAUGGGACCAUGGGUAGACCGAAACCAAUCCAGUAAGAAAUGGAUUGGAUUGGAUGGAAUCCAACGUUACUUGGAUGUUUUUAAUUUUAUAUAUAUAUAUAUAUAUAUAUGUUGCGUUAGCUUAUUCUUUAUGCAAUAAAGAAUGGAAGUCCAACACACCCUGGUACCCAAUACAACUUGACGAUCUCCCGAACCGGCUGGACCUAACUGGUUCACUUUACUUUUCUUUUUUCAUUUAGACAAAUUAACAAGCAUCUGGAAAAAUCUUAAACUCAUUAGAAAAGGAUAUUUGCCUUAGCUUCUUCCUUUUUUUUUCUUUUUUUUGACCCUUUUGAUGUUGCCUUGUUCUUUUUGCAAUAAAAAAUGUGUUAUUUUAGAAGUCCACGUUGAACGCAUACUAGUACCAAAUGCUACAUGGCAAUUGGACGGUCCCUGAGACCUGCCUUCUCCCAAACCAGGCUAGACCUAACUGGUUCUAUUGCACCUGCAGCAGUGGCUGCAAUGGUAGGGUGCAUGUUAGACCAUGAGUAACAACAUGGUUCAAAUUCUUGUGAUGUUAUCCCCUUCUCCCAAUUUCCCCAUGUUCAAACGGUAACUGGUUCAAUUUAUU